AUGAAAUCAGCCUUCAAGUCAGAAUAUCCGUUCGAGAAGAGAAAGGCGGAGUCUGAGCGGAUCAGCCAGAAGUUCGAAAACCGCAUCCCAGUAAUCUGCGAAAAAGCCGAGAAGUCGGACAUUCCAGAGAUCGACAAGCGCAAGUAUUUGGUCCCAGCCGAUCUAACAGUGGGCCAGUUUGUUUACGUGAUCCGGAAGAGAAUCAAGCUACCAGCUGAGAAAGCGAUUUUCAUAUUUGUCAACGAUACUCUCCCUCCUACCGCGGCACUGAUGUCUGCCAUCUACCAAGAACACAAGGACAAGGAUGGCUUUUUGUACGUGACAUACUCAGGUGAAAACACUUUUGGCAACGAGUAA